AUGGGAUCUGACAAGGACUUGUUUGACGUGCUGCUUGUCGACAAUAUUGAGAUUCAGAAAUCAGUGAAAGGUGGUGAGGCCAUGAUGAAAGGCCAUGAGAGUAGAAUUAAAGAGAUGGAAGAUCCAAUUGCACAUUGUGAAGAGAAGAUCACAGAAUGCAUUAGAGAAUUAAGGAUCAUAAAAUCUUUGUUUGUGUGUUGUUUGGUGAUGGUGUUAAUGUACCUUGCCUGA